CCCCUUGAAGAACACGAUUUUGUUUGUGUUUUGAUUCUGCUUCUCUAGCGUAAGCUUAUGGAGGGGUGGGUGUUUUGAGUGUGGCUAGCUGAAACCAUUUUUUGAGUUACUGCAGCUUUCGCUAGUGUUUUGAGCCAUGAGGAUUAGGUCCUCUUUUUUUCCUUUUCGCGUUUAGCUUUAUAAAUAGCAAAACGUACUGUUUGUGAAGGGUCAAGAAGAAUUGGGUCUUAAUCAUUUGGAGGGUUGUAAGCAUUUCUUUCGGUUUUUCAAGCUGCGAUUCUUUAACGGGGUUGAAUUUAGGGACAACCGCACCUGGGUUUUUGUUCCUCCUCUGGAAGUGAUGGUGCAGGAUUUUAACUUGUGCUUGGACUUCAGAACACGUGAGUGAAAAUUUUGGGAUUUCUUUAAGAACUUCACAGCACAGUGUGUUUUAGCAUGGGGGGUGCCUGUUGUGUUGCUGCUAGAGAUAAAAAUAUUGUAAAUGGACCAAGUAGUGACAUCUUGCAUAGGAAUAUUCGUUAUUCACCAACAUGGAGCUUUAGGUGGGAUAAUAGAGGCCGAGUAGCUGGAGAAGAGACUUCCAUAACUUGGUUUUCAGAUGCAAAUAGUAGGAAUGAUGGACCAGAUAUUAAAUAUGAAUCAGCAUAUGCAUCAGAGGAUGGAAGCCCCUUAGAUAGUUUUAGGAGGCGUGCAUGGCAGAAGUCUCCAACAUCUGAAGCUACUACUGCACAUGUGAGGACUCCUGCUUCAGAUCAAUCCAUGUCAAGGAUUAUCUCUAUGGACACAAGUUUGGAACAGGUGAAGGAGUCAAUGGAAUCCCAAACAGUUUCACAUCCAUCUCCUGCAAAAUUAUCUGUCUCAUUGCCUUCAACUUCAUCCAUAACAUCUCCAGCAUCAUCCCAAAGUCAUCCACAUCCUGCUAGCUCAACCACGCCAAGUUGGCCCGAGAGUUUUUCUGCGCAUCAGUUAAUGGGGCAAGUUCCUGAUGCCAAAGUCCCAGAAUUGAAGUCAUCAAAUAGCUUUUCAGUUCCAGAAGAGAGGUCCUCAGUCCCCUCAUGGAGCAAUGAAUCAACUCGGGGGUCCCAUGGUGGCUCUUCAGAUGGUUGGUCUAUGCACGCAUUUUCUGAGCUCAUGGCCACUUCUCAUAGAGAAAGGUUGUCAUUUGACAAUGACUCCUUGAGCUUCAAUCAUGAGAAAACUAGAUCCAGUGGUCGUAUAUCAUCUGGUUCCUCUGUUGAUCUUCAAACAUGUGGGAUUUGCUCGAAGUUAUUGACCGAGAAAUCUUUGUGGAGCAGCCCGAAGCUUGUUUUGAGUAAUGAGCUCUCUGUUGUUGCUGUUCUAACUUGUGGGCAUGUUUACCAUGCUGAGUGUUUGGAGACUAUGACACCUGAAAUUAGCAAAUAUGAUCCUACUUGUCCUGUUUGUACUUUGGGGGAGAAACAGACCCAGAAGCUGUCUCAAAAAGCCUUUAAAGCAGAAAUGGAGUCAAAAGCAAAAAACAAGAGGUCACGGAACCGUGUUGUGGAUAGUGAUUUUGAUGGUGAUUCUAUCAUGUUUGAUCGUGUAAAAGGUGGUGGGCAUGAAGGAAAGGGUCCCAAGAUGGCCUCCAGUUCCAGCAUGAAGGGCUCCUUAGCAAAGCCUUUCUUGAAGAGGCAUUUUUCGUUUGGAUCAAAGGGUGGUAAAUCCUUAGCAGAGAACCACACAACCAAAAAGAAGGGAUUUUUCUGGACAAGAUCCUUGAAGGUGUGAAGUUUUUUCCAGCGAUUAAGAGAAUCUCAGUGUUGAUUGUUGACCUGCAUGGAGAAAGGGUUGUAAGGACACAGACAUCAUCCUUCAAGCUUGGUUUGGAAAUAUCUGCACCUGCAUGCACAUUUUGAAUUGUCAACAGGAAUAGCUGUGAAGUUACACUGUAAAGAGUAAAUAAUUUCAUAGAAAAAAAAAUCCUAUAUUGAUCAUGGAAAAUUAGUGGAAUGAAAUUGCAUCACGAGACUGGUGAUCUUAUUCUUAUUUUGUACAGAUUAAUUUGUUUCUUGCUUAGACAAUUCAUGAAUUGAUCCAAAUCAGUGUUGUAUGGCUAAAAGACCCCUUCAUGCUUCAAUAAUGCAAUAUGAAGUUCAGUUUCUCCUCC